GAAAGUGCUUCAAAAUAUCUGAAAACGUGUCCAAAAAUCCUUAAUUUCCGCAACAAUUACCCAAAUAAUUAUGGCAGAUGAUAAGAAAUCUGCUCUCUUUGUCUGCCUUGGAAACAUUUGCCGCUCACCAAUUGCUGAAGCUGUGUUUAUGGAUGAGGUUAAGCAAGCUGGGCAAAGAGAUAAAUGGAACAUUGACAGUGCAGGUAUUACUAACAAGCAUCUAGGUGAAAAGCCUAACCACCGAGCCAGGUUGACUAUGGCCAAGCACAAUCUGUCUUACAACAACAGAGCUAGGCAGAUUAAAAAAGAGGACUUUAAUAAAUUUGACUAUAUCUUCGGCAUGGACAAUGAGAAUAUCAAUGAUCUUAAGAAACUAGCUCCAGCCAACUGUUCGUCAAAGAUUCUCCUUCUAGGGGACUUCGAUCCUGAGGAUCAGAAAAUCAUCAAAGAUCCAUACUUUGAGUCUGGAUCGGAUGGCUUUAAGCAAUGUUACGUCCAAUGCGUGAGAUCCUGCAAAGCUUUCCUGGCUCAAACUACUGAGGGAAGAAUUUAAUUUAUCUACCAACAGUCUGAAGGUGUCUUCUUAU